AUGCCCGGGCGACGCAACAGCUUCUUCCAGUCCAGCGACUCCAAGUACGGCUUCUCGCCCCAGUCCUACGACCCCUCGAGCGUCCCCGAGAUCGCCGAGGACUUCUCCGACCCAGAGGGCAUUGAAGCCUUCGCGAACGCCCUCCAUGCGCCAGACUUCCAGACCCCCAUCGACGAGCUGACGUCCCCAAGGCGGACGAGUUUCUCAACGAUCCGCAGUCCUAGACUCCGCCCUUCCGAUGUCGAUUCCCACGAGACUGACUCGCCAGCGUCCCCUGCGCCGGGCGGCAACGGGACCACACCCGAUUUCCGACAGACGCUGUCCCUGACACAGCAGCCGCCCGUGUUCAUAUCGGCGCAGAACGACUGGGCGCCCGUGAACGAGAAGAUCAAGAAGCCGCAAAGGCGGAAGAAGAGGAGGACGGCGGCGCCCGUGCACUCGUUGUUGGGCGAGAGGACCAAGGACGAGACCCGCGAGGGCUACCUGUAUAAUCUGCUCAAGUGGCCGCUGCUGCUGGGCGUCACGGGCAUCCUUGCGCUCGAAUGGAUAUCGUACCUCUUCACGCGGCUUUACAUAUACUUGUACGAGCAGACGUUCGCGUGGCGCGGGACGAGAGAGAGGUUAAGAAGGAACAUGCGCACGACGAAUAACUACCGAGACUGGGUCGUUGCCGCCAAGGAGCUCGAUAGCUUUCUUGGUCGGCAGAGCUGGAAGGAGGAGAACGAGUAUGCGUACUAUGACUCUAAGACGGUCAGGCGCGUGUGGGAGCACAUGAGGAAGCUGAGGCAUAAGGCGGAGGAUGUCGAGGAUGGUGCGGAUAAGGCCGAGGGGGCGGGAAAAUCGAAGUCGGCGGAUGAGCUGAGGAUCUUGGCCGAGGCAUGCGUGAAGAGCAAUUUUGUGGGUGUCGAGGGUCCGAGGCUCUACAGCCAGACGUACUACGGUACUAAGAACUUGGUGCAGAACUACAUCGAUGAGUCCGAGAAAACGAUCAAGUUCUUAUUGAAUACGGGACAGCUUUCCAACGACGACCGAAGGGUGCUCUUCAAGCAGAUGCACGCCAACUUCGGUCGAACCGCGCUAUGUCUAUCAGGGGGUGCCACAUUUGCUUACUAUCAUUUCGGCGUUGUCAAAGCCCUCCUGGACGCGGAUCUACUACCGGACGUCAUCUCGGGCACCAGCGGCGGCGCCCUCGUCGCGGCGCUCGUCGCGACCCGGACGAACGAGGAGCUCAAGGAGCUCAUCGUCCCCGCCCUAGCCACCCGCAUCACCGCCUGCCGAGAAUCCAUCUUCACCUGGCUCCCCCGGUGGUGGAAGACGGGAGCGAGGUUCGACGCCAUCGAUUGGGCUGACCGCGCGACCUGGUGGUCGCGCGGGUCCAUGACCUUCCGGGAGGCGUACCAGCGCACGGGGCGAAUCCUCAACGUCUCAUGCGUGCCCUCGGAUCCCCAUUCCCCCACCAUCCUCUGUAACUACCUCACGAGCCCCGAUUGCGUCAUCUGGUCCGCCGUGUUAGCCUCCGCCGCCGUCCCGGGCAUCCUCAACCCCGUCGUGCUCAUGAUGAAGACGCGCGAGGGCACGCUCGUCCCCUACUCCUUCGGCCGCAAAUGGAAAGACGGCAGCCUCCGCACCGACAUACCCAUCAAAGCCCUCAACCUGCACUUCAACGUAAACUUCACAAUCGUCAGCCAGGUCAACCCGCACAUCAACCUCUUCUUCUUCUCCUCGCGCGGCACCGUCGGACACCCCGUGACGCACCGUCGCGGCGCCGGCUGGCGCGGCGGCUACCUCAUGUCCACGUUUGAGAACUUUCUCAAGCUCGACAUGAACAAGUGGCUCCGCUUCAUCCGCCACGCGGAGCUCCUGCCCCGACCCCUGGGGCAGGAUUGGAGCCAGCUGUGGUUGCAGGACGCGUUCGCGGGGACUAUUACUAUUUGGCCUAAGAGCAUCCUGUCGGACUUUUGGAAUAUCCUCUCGGAUCCGGACCCGGAUCGGCUUGCGAGGAUGAUUCACGAGGGGCAGCAGAGUGCGUUUCCUAAACUCAAGUUUAUCUCGAAUAGGCUCCGUAUUGAGAGGUUGGUCGAGAAGGGAAGGUUGGAGACGAGGCCUUGGUUGAGGAGGGGUUCUAUUGAGACGAUAUUGAGCGAGGAGGAUAUGAGGAGCUUGCUUGCUGAUGGGUCGAAUAGCACGACGGAUGGGGACGAUACCGAGGGCAUCGAGGAGGGCAUUGUCAUGGGGGAGCAUCACAUCUUUAGGGGGAUGGAAGAUGAAGGGUAUGCGGGUUCAUACAAGGAGGACUGA